UGCACCACGACCACCGCAUUUUUACACUUCUUCUUCUUAGCUUCGUUCUGUUGGGUUUUGACAGAAGCGUGGCAGUCAUACAUGGCUGUUACUGGAAAAAUUAGGACACGACUCAUAAGGAAACGCUUUUUGUGCCUUGGAUGGGGUUUACCAGCAUUAGUAGUGGCAAUAUCAAUAGGCUUUACCAAGACGAAAGGAUAUGGAACAUCUCACUACUGCUGGCUGUCUCUCGAAGGAGGACUACUCUAUGCAUUUGUUGGGCCUGCAGCUGCUGUUGUCUUGGUCAACAUGGUGAUUGGCAUUUUGGUAUUUAAUAAACUUGUUUCCAGAGAUGGGAUCCUAGAUAAAAAGCUCAAACACAGAGCGGGGGCAUCCCUUUGGAGUUCCUGUGUUGUGUUGCCUCUUCUGGCUCUGACAUGGAUGUCUGCAGUUCUGGCCAUGACAGACAAAAGAUCAAUAUUAUUUCAGAUACUCUUUGCAGUAUUUGAUUCAUUGCAAGGCUUUGUUAUUGUCAUGGUCCACUGCAUUCUCCGAAGGGAGGUUCAAGAUGCAUUUAGAUGUCGAUUAAGAAACUGCCAAGAUCCAAUCAAUGCAGAUUCUUCUAGCUCUUUUCCUAAUGGACAUGCUCAAAUCAUGACAGAUUUUGAAAAAGAUGUGGACAUUGCUUGUCGGUCAGUUCUACAUAAGGAUAUUGGACCAUGCAGAGCAGCUACAAUAACAGGAACACUUUCUAGGAUUUCACUAAAUGAUGAUGAAGAAGAGAAAGGAGCAAACCCUGAAGGUAUGAGCUAUUCAACAUUGCCUGGAAGCAUCAUUUCUAAAGUCAUCAUUCAGCAGCCCGCAGGCCUCCACAUGCCUAUAAGCAUGAGUGAGCUGGCGAAUCAGUGUUUGAAAAAAGACAACAGUGAGUUGCGACGGACUGUGUAUUUAUGCACUGAUGAUAACUUGAGAGGUGCAGAUAUGGACAUAGUCAAUCCUCAAGAACGGAUGAUGGAAAGUGACUAUAUUGUCAUGCCCAGAGGUUCAGUAAACACCCAGCAAUCGUUGAAAGACGAGAGCAAAUUGAAUAUAGGCAUGGAUACCUUGCCUCAUGAAAGGCUGUUGCACUAUAAAGUUAAUCCGGAAUUCAACAUGAAUCCCUCUGUAAUGGACCAAUUCAAUAUCAAUUUAGAUCAGCACCUUCCCACCCAGGAACAUAUGCAGAAUUUACCCUUUGAGCCCCGCACAGCAGUAAAGAACUUCAUAGCCUCCGAGUUGGAUGACAAUGCAGGAUUAGCAAGAAGCGAAACUGGAUCCACAAUAUCAAUGAGUUCUUUAGAGAGAAGAAAAUCACGUUAUUCGGACCUUGACUUUGAAAAGGUCAUGCAUACAAGGAAGAGGCACAUGGAAUUGUUUCAGGAAUUAAAUCAGAAAUUUCAGACUCUGGAUAGAUUUCGGGACGUACCAAAAUCAGGAAGUAUGAACAAACAUCCAGACUGCAAUUCAGAAAACAAAUUUGCAGUGCAGCAAGAGAAGCAGUGUUGUUCUAGGAGGCACAAGAGGCAUAAUCACGUGACCUUCGAUUUCUAUCAGGAACCAAAUGGAGGUCAAAUGGAAACCCCAACACCAAACAAGGCUCCAUGGGACAGUUUCAAAAACACAAAUGAAUACCAACACUAUACCACAAUAAACGUAUUAGAUACAGAGGCAAAAGAUGCUUUAGAACUAAGACCAGCAGAAUGGGAGAAGUGUCUGAACUUGCCUUUAGACGUCCAGGAAGGUGACUUUCAAACAGAAGUUUAACAAAAUCAAAAUGAACUGAAACGAAAAGAAAACAAAAAUGACUUCAUUGCACUGACACUAAAGAGACUUGGGAAGCCUGACAUUUGUGUCUGAACAUUGUGACUACUUUAUGUCAGGAUCUUCAUGUGCCAAAUGUCAGUGGUUUUUUUCGUACAAUAUAUUCCCACUAGUAAAGUUAGUGGAGAACCAGGUGUACAAUUCUUACCAUCGUGUGUUGUAAGUACCCGUGGAAUGGAUUUGUAAGGUAAUCUUUAUAGAUAAACCUCAAGCAACGAUUCAUGUUGUAACAGCUUCAUUUGGUUUAGUUUUCAAAAAACUUCACCAUGAAGCACAAUGUAUAUAUUUAUGCAGUUUUUAAAGUUUAUAACAGUCUGUUUGGCCAUUACUACACUUUUUACUUUAUAAUAUAAAAGCAAAGUUUUUGUCAUUAAAUGAAUGUCUGUUGAGCUACAUUCUUCAUUGCUUUAAAUGCAAUAAAGUAAUAAUCUCACUUUUAUAUGAAUAAUAUAUUUCACAUCUUUAUUAUUGCAGUUUUCUCCAGAAAGCUCAGAGUAGCUUUCUCUGCUGCAGCUGUGUAUAAAAUAUUUAAAAUGUUGUAUGGUGUAAAUAAACUUUUGUCUACA